AUGGAUGAAUUCCAAGUCAAGGAGGGAGAGAGGCCCAAGGGACCGGUUGGGACAUGUUUUGAGGGGCGGAAGCGUCGGCCUGGCAGACUGGCAGUGCACGAGAUGGCGUUGGCCGGCCGGGAGGUCGUUACAGGCGUGGAUAUCCUCUCAAGCAGUCGACGUUGGCCGAGUUCGUGCUCGAUCGCGCCCUGGGGAUCCAGCGGUUCGCGAAGUCCCGUCGGCCGGCGCCACAAUAAUUUUGGCGUCCUCGUGCCCAACUGCACCCGGUGGGAAGGAAGUCACUCUGCGCUUGCCUUGUGA